ACUACUGGCCAAAUCUCCAGGCGCGCCACAGUGCGAAGUGAACGCUACUCACGGGCCGAUCCAGCAAGAGACCGGGACUUAUGCGAACAACUCCGGUCUUGGUCUUCAUCUGUGGUUCAAGGCAGAUACAGCAGCUGAGGUCACACUUGUUAUAACGCACGGCCAGGAGCAUUCAGAGGAAACGUUUGAUAUUCACGGCGACAAAAUUGGCAGUUGGCACAAGUUAGUUGUGCAGUAUAACACGCAAUUCGGUUUAGAAUGGGCUGCGUUGGAAACAAGAAAAUAUGUAGAUAAAAACAAAUACAUGAAAAACUGGAAGGUGGCACUGAAGAGUAACGCCAUCGUUAUCUGGUCUACCUGUGACAUACGUGGGAUAUCAUCACAGCCAGAUCCAACGCAACGGUCUCAGACCUCCCCAGCACCAUGUCGAGGAGACGAGCAGACCAACCCCCAACCCUCCUCCUCCUCGUCUUCGCACGACAGCAAUCCCCAACAGAAAGAAUGCGGAGGAAACCAGGAUUCCUCCUUGCUGUACGCCGUGUACGGGAUGGCCAUUCUCUGCGCCUUGCUUUUACUCCUCAGCUUGGCUCUGUGCGUGAGAAUCUUCUCCGUAAUGAGAAUCAAAGCGUCAGUGGAAGGCUUGACCACAGCAACUUAUUCGGCCCCAAGGAAACCUAUCGACGACGACGCCAUCUACGAGGAGGUAAACGACAACAUUAUCAUGCGCUCGACCCCACUGCCAGCCCAGGACCAGAAGCAACACACCAGCGAAAGGCCUCAGUCAGAACACAACAGCGAGAAUAGUUUGUACGGAGCUAUGUCGCAGUAGGUCUCAAAAUGGGUGUUUGCGGUCUCGGUGGGAAGUGUCUGGACCGCGGUCUCGGUAGAAAGAAGCAAGGGCCUGUGCUAUUCGAUGUCUUGGAAGAAAGUGAGACGAAUUUGUACAGAUUGAUGUCUAUAUUUGUGUUCAUGUGUGUUAUGAUGCUGCUCUGGUCUACUGAUGUUAAUAAUGUAUUGUAAGACCGAUUUUACUAUUGUCAUUGUUAUUAUAUUUUAUAAUAAUAAUACUAAUAAAUAUAACAACAAUACUAAUAAUAAUGAUAGUAAUAGUAAUGAUAUAAUAAUCAUUAUUAUUAAUGAUAAUAAUAAUAAUAAUUAUUAUUAUCAUUAUGAUCCUAAUUCUUUUUCUUCGGCUUAAUCUCGUCCUUACACGGGGUCGUUAUUUUAGUCUGCUCCAUUCUUGCCUUUCUCAUCCUUGGUCACUUAUUCCCUUUUCUCUAAAAUUUCUUUGCCGGCAGUCUCUCCACCUCAUUCUUGGCCUUCCUCUUUCCCUUCUCCCUUUUACUGAUUAUUACUUUUAUUAUCCUCGUCAUCAUUAUGAGCACUAUUAUUAUAUUAUUAUAAUUAUGGAUAUUAUUAUUAUCAUUACCGUAACUAUAACUACUAUUUCUUUAUAACUACUAGUAUCAUUAUUGUUAUCAUUAUUAUUGUCAUCAUCAUCAUUACUAUUGUUAUCAUUGCUAUUAUUAUGAUUAUCAUUGUUAAUAUUUUCAUAAUUAUUGUGAUUGUUUAUUAUCACUGUUGCUAUAAUUAUUAUUAUCAUAAUUAUCAUUAUCAGUUCCUGUGUUACUACAAAUGUACGAUCAUAUAGCCCGGUGUUGCAAAUGCCAUAUUUUGGAGCAAGACUCCUUUCGAGGCUUAUCGGCCCUCUGGCAACCAAGCCGGGAGGCAGGGUGGCCGGAGGUGGCUCUGGAACCAAGGCUGAGUCUGGGUGGUUGGCACUUGGUUCUUGGUUUUAUCUGCGUCUGGAACUAGAUUUUACACUGGGACUAUCACCCUUUUGCUUACUCCUUGGCGCUCUGUUUGAGGACACCUGGAAAUCCUGAUCCAGAGUUUCCCUGUGGCCGGAUUCUAAUGAUUUAUUCGCAGGUAGUGAGAACCAAGAACUCUGCGAUUAGCUUAAAAGAUGCCGUGUGUCAUGUGGUUAUACCAUUCAAGAUGCGUGCUGUAAUAGAAGUAACACAGGGCUGGGUCUGGCUGAAACCCAGGCCUAAUGAGGGACAGAAUUUACAGUUAAUUUACUUAAUACGUUAUUUAAUUCUGGUGAUAAGUGGUCUGAUCAGGUGUACUUUCAAUAAAAAAAUAUAGGAUUUCAGUAGAUUGAUUUUCGGUUUGGUGCAAUGUUCUUUGUGUCAGCUGGCAAUCAAGCUAUGCACUAAGAAAUAUGAAUAUACCCACUGUAUGUUCUUUUUUGUGAAUAAAUGUGAUUAUCAUGCUUUAAUAAUAAUUAUCAUCACGCUUGUG